AUGGAGACGGCUGGAGGCGUACAUUCCCCCGGACCCUCUGGCAAGACUCAAGCCGACUUAUACAUGCCCUUGCGCGCUCCGUCUCUCAUGGUCGGCGACUCUCGGCUCGGAGGUAUCUCGCAGACAAUUUCGGCCUUUGAGUCUCUCCGGAUCCGCGGCUACGACGUAGAAUCCGUGCUCCUCUUCAAGGAUGACAGCUAUGAAAACUAUCGCUAUCUCGAGGACUACUUCCGCAAGCAACACGGCAUUCCCGUCACCAGCUUGCUACAGCCGCCCGAGAAACACGACAAUCCCGAGCAGGAUGCAGACGCCAUGGAGAACUACUACCAUCGCGAGGACUUGGCUGAAAUCACCGGCCAGGUACUGCAGGCAUUGGACCGUAACCACGCGGCCCGGUUAAGAAACCUGGAUACAAUGGCCACACGAGCCAGCAAGCACAUCUGGUACCCCUUUACGCAACAGAGCCUCGUCGGACCCAAGGACAUCAUGACCAUCGACUCGGCCCACGGCGACUACUUCCAGACGCUGGCGCCGCCGGCCGCGACCCCGUCCCCCGACACGCCCGUCCUCCGCUCAUCCUUCGACGCCUCGGCAUCGUGGUGGACGCAAGGCCUGGGCCACUCCAACCCGAAGCUCACAAUGGCAGCCGCGUAUGCCGCCGGCCGCUACGGCCACGUCAUGUUCGCCUCGGCCGUCCACCAGCCCGCCAUGGCCCUCGCGGAAACGCUCCUCGACGGCAUCAGGAACCCGCGCCUCAACCGCGUCUUCUACUCCGACAACGGGAGCACGGGAAUAGAGGUCGCCAUCAAGAUGGGUCUGCGGGCCGCGCGGAAGCGCUACGGCUGGGACACGACCCAGAAACUGGACAUUUUGGGGCUCAAGGGCUCGUAUCAUGGCGAUACCAUGGGGGCCAUGGACUGCGCCGAGCCGGGCAUCUACAACGAGAAGAUUGAGUGGUACCAGGGCAAGGGGCACUGGCUCGACUACCCUACCGUCCUGUGCAGGGACGGGAAAUGGACUGUUUCCGUGGCCGACGGGCUGCAGGAGAGCCUCGGCCGGGGAGGGACGUAUAGUUCGCUGCGCGAGAUAUUCGACGUCGCGGGCCGCGAGGCAAACGGCGAACACGGCGUGUACAAGACAUACGUCACGUCUGCGCUGCGACGGCUGAGGAACCAGGGCCACAAAUUCGGCGCCCUGAUGCUGGAACCCGUCGUCCUCGGUGCCGGAGGCAUGCAGUUUGUAGGCCCGAGUGACCCCUUGUUCCAACGAACCCUCGUCAACACGGUCCGCGAGUCCCCCCAUCUCUUUGGCGAGUCGGCCCUCUCCGCGGAUGAAGCCCAAGACCCGAAUGAAUGGACCGGUCUCCCCGUCGUCUUUGACGAAGUCUUCACGGGUCUCUACCGCCUCGGCCGCUUCACGCCCUCCUCCUUCCUGGGCGUGCACCCUGAUAUUUCCGUUCACGCAAAGCUGCUCACUGGCGGUCUUGUGCCGCUAUGCACGACGCUUGCAUCGGAAAAUAUCUUCAAAAUCUUCCUAAGCCCCGACAAGACGGAUGCUUUGCUCCAUGGACACAGCUACACCGCCCACCCGAUUGGAUGCCAGGUUGCUUUAGAGUCGGUGAAGGAGAUGCAGGACAUGGAAAACCGUGGGGAAUGGGACUGGGCAAAGACGCGAGGAUGGACGCAGCAUUCUGGUCAGAGUGAAGCGCAGAUUGAUGUGUGGUCUACGUGGCCGAGGGAGUUUGUCGAACGGCUGUCCCGCCAGACGGACAAGGUGAUGGGGGUAUGGGCUCUGGGCAGCGUCUUGGCAAUCCAUUUGAGAGAUGAAGCUGGCGCGGGAUAUAGUAGCAACGCCGCACUGGGGUUGAGGGAGAGCUUGGGUCUGGGUAGAGCAGACGGAGAGGGCGGCCCUUGGAACUCAGGUAACGUCCGAGACGAGCGUGAGGCAGCUUUCUGA